AUGGAAGCAGCUGGAGGUGGAGUGCUACGGGAUAGCAGGGGUCUUGGGUGCUGGGGUUCAGCCGGAAAAUUGGGAAUUGCUCUGUCCUGCACGCCGAGUUAUGGGCGCUCUUCGAUGGAUUCGUGCUCUUAUUCAACGGAACUGGCAAAUCAACGUGAAGAAGCCAAUAAGGUUGCUGACUUUCUGGCUCAUUAUGGUCACUCCAUGCCUUUGGUUCGGGUGCUCUUACAACAUCCCCCAGCGAGUGUUGGACGUCUCUUACAGUGCGAUAUAAAGCACGGAAAUCCUCCGGUGGCUGCUGCAAAAAUUGAUGGCUUUAUUGCUGAACUGAGGACUGAGUUGGCCGAUUACAUUGCUGAGUUAUCAGAGGCAGCAGUGAAGGAGAGAGGCGUUUUUGCUAUUGCAUUGUCUGGUGGUUCUCUCAUUGACUUAAUGGGAAAACUCUGUGAAGCCCCUUAUGAUAAGACUGUAGACUGGGCUAAAUGGUAUAUAUUUUGGGCGGAUGAACGUGUUGUGGCAAAAACCCAUUCUGAUAGCAAUUACAAGCUCGCAAAGGAUGGUCUUCUUUCAAAGGUGCCGAUCGUUCCCAGCCAUGUUCAUUCUAUCAAUGAUUCAGUUUCAGCAGAGGAAGCCGCCGACGACUACAUGUUUGUUGUCCGGCAGUUGGUGAAAACACGAAUGGUUAGCGUUUCCGACAUCAGUGACUGCCCCAAGUUCGACCUUAUCCUUCUUGGCAUGGGACCUGACGGUCACAUUGCCUCGCUAUUCCCUAAUCAUUCGGCACUUGACGAGACCGACGAAUGGGUAACUUUCAUCAUCGAUUCUCCCAAACCUCCACCCGAGAGGAUAACGUUCACUCUGCCUGUCAUCAACUCGGCAUCAAAUGUGGCAAUGGUCGUGACUGGUGAGAGCAAAGCCGAGGCUGUGCAUUUGGCAAUUGAUAAUAUCGGACACGACCGCCCAUUGCUGCCUGCACGGUUAGUCCAACCAACAAAAGGGAAGUUGGUAUGGUUUUUGGACAAGCUAGCUGCAUCGGAACUGGACGGUCUUCAAUUUUCGGAGUUCAAUUCUCCUGACAUGGAAGAUCAAAACGUGUCCAUCUCCAUUUUUGCAUGAAUCGAAUUUUCAUCCAUC